GCGUGGCCGGCGCGCGCCCGCCCCCGGCAGUGUGCCCGCAGUCCAUUCCGCAUCCGUCCAUCAGUUCGUGUGUCCGACCGUCCGUCAUCCCUGAGCGCGCGGCCGCGGCAGCCAGGCGGGAUUGGAGCGGCCCCCACCAUGGGCUGGGGAGCAGGAGGGAGCUGCACCCCGCGCCCACCCAUCCGCCAACAGCCCUUGUCAGAGCCCCGUGUGAUCACCGUGGUCUUCCUCGGCCUCCUGCUGGACCUCCUGGCCUUCACUCUGCUGUUGCCUCUGCUGCCAGGGCUGCUGGAGAGCCAUGGCCGUGCCCACGAUCCCCUCUAUGGCUCCUGGCAACAAGGCGUGGACUGGUUUGCCGCAGCCAUCAGGAUGCCAGCGGAGAAGAGGUACAACAGUGUCCUGUUUGGAGGUCUGAUAGGCUCAGUCUUCUCCUUCCUGCAGUUCCUCUUGGCACCAGUCACGGGGGCUGUCUCAGACUGUCUCGGGAGGCGCCCGGUGAUGCUGCUGUCCCUGGCAGGUCUGGCCACCUCGUAUGCCGUGUGGGCGGCCUCAAAGAGCUUCGCCGCCUUCCUGGCCUCCAGGGUGAUUGGGGGCAUCAGCAAGGGAAACGUCAGCCUCUCCACAGCCAUCGUAGCCGACCUGGGCUCACCUUCCGCCCGCAGCCGAGGCAUGGCAGUCAUUGGAGUGGCCUUCUCGCUGGCCUUCACGCUGGGCCCCAUGCUUGGCGCCUUCCUGCCAGCGGAGAUGGUACCCUGGCUGGCUUUGCUCUUUGCUGCCUCCGACCUGUUGUUUAUUUUCUGCUUCCUGCCGGAGACGCUGCCUGCGGAGAAGCGGGCAUCCUCUAUCGGCCCGGGGUUCCAGGCUGCGGCAGACCUGCUCAGCCCCGUGGCCCUGCUCCGUUUCUCGGCCGUGGCCCGUGGCCAGGACCCACCCGCUGGAGACGGGAUCCGUCACCUUCGCCGCCUGGGUCUGGUGUACUUCCUCUACCUCUUCCUGUUCUCGGGUCUCGAGUUCACCCUGAGCUUCCUCGCUCAUCAGCGCUUCCAGUUCAGCAGCCUGCAGCAAGGAAAGAUGUUUUUCUUCAUCGGCCUCACCAUGGCCACCGUGCAGGGCGCCUACGCCCGGAAGAUCAGCCCUGGCAGCGAGAUUGCAGCGGUGAAGCGGGCCAUCUUGCUGCUGGUGCCUGCCUUCCUCCUCAUUGGCUGGGGGCUCACGCUGCCCGCCUUGGGCCUGGGGCUGCUGCUCUACUCCUUCGCCGCUGCCGUCGUGGUGCCCUGCUUGUCCUCCGUGGUCGCUGACUAUGGUAAGGAGCCUUUCUUUGCCCGAGGCCCCCCAGGUGGGAGGAGACCAGCAAGCACCCGACGGCUUCCUCCCCCCCCCCCCCACCAAAGGCUUGCCCAGGCAGAAGGGCACGAUCAUGGGCACACUUCGGAGCCUGGGCGCCCUGGCCAGGGCAGUGGGACCCAUGGUGGCUGCCUCAGUGUACUGGCUGGCCGGGGCCAGGGUCUGCUUCACGGUGUGCUCAGGCCUCUUCCUGCUCCCUUUCCUGCUCCUGCGCAACCUGAGGCCUCCAGCCCGCAUGGCACCCAAGGCCGAGUAGUGGAGCUAGCCCCGCCCCAAGCUGGGGAAGGGGUGGGGGGGAGGGAACGGGACCUCUCCCCUCCCCCUGGGGCCCAGCCCUGGCCCCUGCUAGACACUCCAGCAGCUCCGUGGUACGCGCGCCUGGGCAGUCCUGCCCGUCGUGCCGGGAGCAGGGACUCCCCAACACCUUUCAGGUUUUGUGUUCACUUUUCUCUCAGACACACGGUGUCAGCCAGGCCUCCAAAUGACAAAAUAAAGCAGCUAUUUUAUACCAAGUGCCUUUCGCCAGCACACGGCUGUGCCUCACUACCCCCCACCUGGGAGACCCCCGAGCACCAGAAGCUCUUACACCUGCACUGAGCAGAAAAGUCCAAGGCUCGUCCGGGGCCCGUGACCAUUCUGCACAACAGGGAGGACAGAAAGGGUGACACAGGGCCCGCCACGAUGGGAGCCCACACCCGCUAGGGCCUACGUGAGCUGUGCCCUGCACCCCGGCCACCCAGGGAGGAGGGAGCCCUGUGCUGGGCUCUUCCCAUCACCAUCCCACCCCUGCGCAUCUGUUCGGACUGUAGGGGCGUCAGGCUCUCGGGCCCAAGAGCAGGCUGGCACCCCGGGCAAGGCGAUUCUGGGUUCUAGGGGCCUUCCUGGUGCAGAGCAACAGUGUCCAAUCAAGAAAUAAACACUUGGGAUCUCAA